UUGGACGGGCUUUUACUCUAGUAUUUACUAAAACCGGCUGAUUUGCUCAAUCAGUUCACUAUGUAAUGAAAUAAAAUAAAACAACAUUCAUUCUAAAAUUUACGAUUUUACAUUCUAAUUAUAAUAAAACUAAAUCAAGUUUGCAGGUUGUGGAUGUGGAUUUAAGAUGCGUUGUUGCGUAAUUUGUUCGCAUAAAUUCCGACAACCACCCCCACUUGGUCUAUUAGAUGGGCAGCUCUGUUCCCUUUACUUUAUCAAAUGUCUCUUCCCCCAGAAUCUAUUAUCUUCGGAGCAGAUCUUGUCAAUCAUCUCGUCUGGACAAAAUCCAUCUGAAGUUAUCCAGUUUUGCAAGAAAUGCCAAGUUCAGGUUUUAGAAUGCAAGACGAUAUGUGAACAAAUUGCUGCUCUUCAAGAACAAUACUCCGCGUUGAAGGGAAAGAUUAAAGACCAAAUUUUGUUGACCAAUUUAGAGGUUGGAUUGGGCAAGGGGAGGAGUAGGAAGGGCACGAUUGAUGUCUAUACCGAGAUCAGAAAGAGGUUGAGAGGAGAUGAGGAAAAGACUGAUGAUGCCAUUGCAGAUCUCACACUCCAACAUAAUUCCCCACCCUUCUUGCCCCCCUACUUCAUUGAUUCGAUAGAUGUGGAUGAAAGUAGGGAAAUGGAAGAUAUAGAGUUGUUCCCAGAUUUUAUUCCUGAUAAUGCGGAGGAGACGGUUAUUAAGGGGACCGACCUACACACAUCGUCCCUUCCAGACGAACAACCUAGUCUCAUAAAAAGAGGACGAACUCGAAAAAAGAAAACAAGACAGCAGCCAGUAAAGAAAAAAAAUGUGAAAAAUAUUGAUACCCGGUCAUCAUCAGAGUCAGAAUUGGAAACAAAAUUGAAAGACGAAGUUGACAUUGACUUUGUUAUAAAGGAAGAACCAGUCUCGAGCUCUGAUGAAUAUGAACAGGACAUAAAACAUGUUGACCAUGAACCUGAAGACAGGAAAUCAAAGCCACGGCCACAGCCACGUGUACGUAAAAAGCGCAUUUGCCCUCCUCGAAUAAUUGAUGGGGCGGUGGUAAAAAGACCGAUAGGACGACCUCGUGUACCCGAGUCUGAGAAGAAACCAAAAUCAUAUUAUUACAAGAAAAAACCUAGAAAGGAAUUUAACUGUCCUCUAUGCUCUGCUCCCUGGAAAAGUGUAAAACUGUUGAUCAAUCACCUAAAAAUUGAUCACGAUAAAAAGGAGAGAAUCCCAAAGUUUAAGUGUGAUGUGGGCCCUUGCUCUAAAAUGAGAAAAGCAUAUUUUAAAGAGGAGUGGUUGAGAUAUCAUCAGAAAAACGUUCACAUGAAGGGAAGUGUUCCUCCCACAACCAUAAAAGUCGAACUAGCGAAACCUGAACCUGUCGAGGUGGUGGUGAAUGGUGCAGUGAUGAUGACAUCGGAUGAUGGACCCCAACCAGCACCUACAAAUUGCACAGAGCAAGCAACGCCGACAAAUGUCACAGAGCAGGCAGCACCGAUAAUUUCCACAGAACAACCAGCGCCGAUAAGUUCCACAGAACAACCAGCGCCGAUAAGUUCCACAGAACAACCAGCGCCGAUAAGUUCCAUAGAACAACCAGCGCCAAUAAGUUCCACAGAACAACUAGCGCCGAUAAGUUCCACAGAACAACCAGUGCAGAUAAAUUUCACAGAACAACCAGCACCGAUAAUUGUCACAGAGCUAUCAGAACAGAAACAUGUCGUACAAGCACUAGCACCGACAGGUGCAACAGAAUCAACCCCAUCAUCACCUACUCCCGCCGAUCUUAUGGUCAUGUCAGCCCUUGAAAAGAGGACUUGUCCCGCAUGUUACAGAAUACUUGUAACUCCAAAUCACAUGCAAGAGCACUACCGGCAUGUACACAAUAUCAAUCCCGUCAAUCCUUUUAUGUGUCACAUUUGCCCGAAAGCGUAUAAAAGAAAGUCAAGCUUAGACCAGCAUAUUAAAGAUCACGACGUUGUUGAGCCUCUCCCCGCAUUCGCAUGCGAAUCAUGCCCCCGCAGAUUUCGAAGGAAAGUCGACCUCGAAAUGCACUCUAGGAUUCACACAGGGGACGCGAAACUCUUCUGUUCCAUUUGCAGCAUGGGUUUCCGCCAACAUUUUAGUUUCAAGAGGCACAAUAUUCUUCGUCAUGGCUCUAGUGGGAAAUCGCACGUCUGUAAAUUGUGCGGAAAGUCGUUCAAGAUGGCAGAUGGCCUUAGGCAACACCUCGAGACGCGUUCCCACGGGGGAGGUGGGUCAAGUUGGUUGAAGGUUAAGGAAAAGAAGGCAAAAAUGUUGGCGAAAAUUAACGACGGGUUGCCCGACGACGGCGAGGAUGAUAUUUUGAUUAAUACUAUUGUGGAGAAGGAAGAAGAGGAUGAAAGUCAAAACGAAGCAGUUGUUGAGGUUGUUCCUGGGUCAUCGUCAUCUAUGUGGGUGGGUCAGUGGGCUGCUGGUUGGUAUCAGCCUAACCAACAAUAAUUAUUCUCAAAUUCUUAAAUACUGACGAUCUUUCAAGCUGUUCCAAAAUGUUUAGUUAUUUUUGUGAAUUUGUACUCUUGUUUUUCUUGAUGUACAAAAGACCGAAGUUACGCAAAUUACAAAAUAUUAUGUAGAAGAAAUUUUGGUAUUUUGUUACAUAUAAGAGUUGAAUGUAAGGAUUGACCGUAUGUAUAGUACACACACAAGCCAAAAAUAAAUAUUGUUGUCUGUUCGUACAAUGUUA